AUGUCAGAGCCCGCUGAAACUCAACAAGAGAGUUGCGCAGUCUCCUGCCACGUUAAGGGAGUGUUGAAGCUGCCGGCACAUCACAGCAAGCUGUUAGAGACUGCUGAGGCGCUUCAGGAAACUGUCUUCCUGAACCUCGACAAGAGACUGUUCGUCUUCUGCCAUGAAAACCUGCGCAAGCUGGAGGUGGCGGGAGUCUCCUGCAGAGAAGUCUACGUGAAACGUAUAAACCCGCGGGUGAAGUCGGGUCGCUUUAUGAAACUCCUUCCAGACUAUGAGAACAUGGAGCACAGGGAUGUGUACGCCCAUCUGCUCCACCAGUAUCGUGACAUCUUAGGCCUGUGGCAGCCUGACCUCGCUGAUGUCCUCGCCUGGCCUUCCGCGUCCUUGCCUGGCCUUCCGCGUCCUUGCCUGGCCUUCCGCGUCCUUGCCUGGCCUUCCGCGUCCUCGUCUGGCCUUCCUCGUCCCCGUCUGGGCUUCCUUGUCUGGCCUUCCUCGUCCUUGUCUGGUCUUCCUCGUCUGGGCUCCUUCGUUCUUGCCUGGACUUACCCGUCCUUGGCUUGUCCCCCUCAUCCUUGUCUGUUUUUUCUCGUCCUCAUCUGGCCUUCCGCGUCCCCGUCUGGUCUCCCUCGUCUGGCCUUCUGCGUCCUCGUCUGGCCUUCCUCGUCCCCGUCUGGUCUCCCUCGUCUGGCCUUCCUCGUCCCCGCCUGGUCUGCCUCGUCUGCCCUUCCUCGUCUGGCCUUCCUCGUUUCCAUCUGGCAGGUGGACGGAUUCUUCAUCAUAGGCUGGAUGUACCUACCUCCCCACGACCCGCAUGUGGACGAGCCCAUGAGGCUGAAACCCGUAUUCCGCAUCCACCUCAUGGAGAAGAAAACCGCCACCGUGGAGUGUAUGUACGGCCCCAAGGGGCCCCACAGCGGACAGAUCCAGAUGGUGAAGAAGGACGAGUUCUGCACCAAAUGCCUUCAGACCGACUACCACCGGAUGUCCGGAGGGCGUCAAGAGGAAUUCCGGACGUGGCUGCGAGAUGACCUGGGCAGGACGCUGGAUGAUAUCUUCCACGAACACAUGCAGGAGCUGAUCCUGAUGAAGUUCAUCUAUAUCUGCCAAUACGACAAUUGCCUUACUUACCGCCGGAUAUACCACCCGCCCAGCCGGCCGGACGACCUGGUAAGGCCCGGCUUUUUCAAGGGCACCUAUGGAAGCCACGGCCUGGAGAUAGUCAUGCUGAGUUUCCACGGGACGACCGCCAAGACCACGAAAAUAACGGGAGACCCCAACGUCCCGGCCGGACAGCCGACUCUCGAAGUAGACCUGACCCGGCCGGUGCGGCUUCCCAGCAUGGAGCAGUUACGCAAUUUCUCCGAACUGUCGCGGCUCAUCAUGAUCACCAGGGAGAAGCUGCUGGCGGAAGGUGCGGAGGAUGCUGGGAGCGGCAGCAGGGCGGAGCCUGCGCCGUCGCCGCCUGUCGCCAGGGCAGAGGAGAGCGCCGCCAAUGGACACGACACCAGCCAAAAUGGGGAGCAGCCACCUCAGGAGGUGCAGGCGUUUGUCCUCCCCGAGGAGGUGAUGGCGCGGAAUGAAGAUUACCCCCGCAGCUGUAGAAUUUGGCUUUUUCCCCCUUUUAUAAUGCGAAUUACACGCUUCCUGUUUCUGAGUGGCUACGCCCACUCCUUCACUGUAGAGGAAGCCAUGGUUGUCACUGUUGAGUAG